UCAUUUACAUCCCGGUUUACGGUGUUUGUUUCGCGGCAAAGGUAGAGAAAGAGCGCGAGACGGAAGGUAAAGGUUAUAAAUGAUGCAUGUUUCAGCGGAGAAGAUAACUUGCACGUACGUGUAAAAACGCAGCAGAGAAGUCAGUUCUCCUGGUCCUUUUCCACUUAAUAAAUUGACUGACAACGACAAUGGCGUUUACACUUUUUGGAUAUACUGUUUCUUGGCCUAUGCUCGGUGCACUAGGAGCAAUCUAUGUCACGCAUCAUAUUUGGCAGUUGACAUAUUUCAAGCGGAAAGGAAUCAAGGGGCCUACACCACUUCCAUUUCUUGGAAAUUCUCUUGAUUUAUUUGAAGGCUUACAUUGGAAACUUAUAGAAAAUAUUGAGAAGUAUGGAAAGGUCUAUGGCAUGUACAUGUUUGGAUCGCCUGCAUUGUUUAUCAGUGACCUUGACAUGAUAAAGGAUAUCACAGUAAAGAACUUCAGCAAGUUUAUGAACCACAAGCAAUUUGUGUUAAAAUCUCGACCAUUUGACAAGGCAGUAUCAGCACUAAGGGACCAGCAUUGGAAAGAUGUUAGGAAUGUCAUGACACCAACCUUCAGUGCUGUCAAAAUGAAACAGCUGUCAGGUUUGCUCAAUGAAUCUAUUGAUACUUUGGUGAAAAACUUUGGAGAAAUUCAGAAGAAGGAUGGCAAGGUGAAAGUCUUCAGUUUAUGUGAAGCAUUCACUAUGGAUGGAAUUGCUAAAUGUGCUUUUGGACUACAGGUAGAUUCACAGAACAACCCAAGUGAUCCGUUCGUCACCAAUGCAAGGGAGUUGAUGAAGAAAAAAAUAUCAUUGAAAGUAAUGGUCGCUGGAACUUUCCCGAACAUUGGCAAAAUAAUGGAAUAUUUCAGAGUUAGUAUGCUGUCAGCUGAAAUUCAGAAGUUUUUCAUCACUGUAAUUGAUCAAACUAUUGCAGCUCGCAGGGAAAAUCCAAGCUCAAAGAUGAAGGACUUUCUUCAGAUUCUAGUGAAUGCAGAGGAGGGAUACAAAUCAGAAAGUGAGAUAAAAGAAGAGAAGAAAUCAGAAGAUGAUAUCCAUGCUUCAGUUGAUGAACAGGAAAAUGAAAGCUACUUCAAGAAGAGCAAGAAGACAACUCUAACGAGGGAUGAGAUAUAUGGUCAGGCAAUGAUUUUCUUUUUGGCUGGUUAUGAAACCAUCAAUGUCACUCUGGGAUUCUUGGCAUAUGCCAUGGCUGCAAAUCCUGAUGUUCAAGAAAAACUCAUUGAAGAAAUUGACAGUCUGACCCCAACCAGAGAUGAUGUUAGCUAUACAUCCAUUGCAAAGAUGCCUUACCUGGACAAUGUUGUCUGUGAGACUCUUCGACUCUACCCUGCUGCUGUUGUACUUGAACGAGAGUGCAACGAAACACAUGUGUGCAACGGUAUCACUAUUCCUAAGGGGGUUCAAGUCAUUUUCCCUUCCUUUGCCAUCCACCGUGACCCUGCAAUCUGGCCUGAACCAGACAAGUUUGACCCUGAUAGAUUUACUAAGGAGAAUCGUGAAGGGCGCCACCCAUUGGCCUGGUUACCAUUUGGUUUUGGUCCUAGGAAUUGCAUCGGGAUGAGGUUUGCCUUGAUGGAAAUGAAGAUGGCCAUCAUUCGUCUUCUUCAGAAGUACCGCUUUGAAACUUGCCCAGAGACUCCGGUUCCUCCUAAAUUUGCCAAGAUGAGCCUCAAACCUGAUGAUGACAUGUAUCUACGAAUCGUGGAGAGAAGCUAGACAAAAAUAGAAGGCGGCGGCCAAAUGGUGAUUUAAAUUUGCAAAUUUUAAUUUCCUGCAUUUUCAAUUCGAACAGUAUUUUUUGAAAAUCAAGGGAAGCUGGAUUAAGGAACAAAACCACAAAAGGUAAAAUGGUCGCAUUGCUUUGGGGAUUGUACUGAUCUGGUCAAAAUAUAUAUGAUGUUUAUAAUCCAACAUAGAAUUUAGUUAGCAAUUUACUGGACUCAGAUUAGUAACAGUUUUUAAUCCGGUUUGCCAUCAAAUUUAAUGAAAUAAGUUUUUGCAAUUUUUGAAAUAAGAAUUGAUUGCCAUUUUUGUUGUCAUUGAUACCAAUGUGACUUCUUGUACAGUGAAUCAUGAUGAUUUCAGUUAUCAAAUUAGACAUUUGCCAUAUGAAUUUUAUGCUUUGUUAUUUACCACUACUUGUAUAUUUUUACUUGCUUGGCUACUUUGAAUGAGGAGACCAAAUCUACAUUUAAUACUAGUAGAUUUAAUUGCAUGUUUAUUUAGUUACCGAUGUAUUCAAAAUACUUUUCUUGAUUUUAAUGAUAUUUUUUAUAUCAGACCAGUUUUGUUGUGUGCUUAUUGAUAUUUUGUAGUUAUUACUUUCAUUAGAAUGCAAGUAGUGUUUGCUCAUAGAAGUAUUAUUUUGCAGCUUAAAGUUUUAAUCCGCAUAUCUUGUUAUCACAAUUCCAAAAGAAAUUCUAGCUUUUCAGGACAAAUAAUUCUAUCAUUUGAUGUUUUUGUUUUACAUUCCUCUACAUGACAAUCCAUCUUUUAAAAAAGUCAUUGUGGAUUGCAGCAGCACAUUAAUUCUCAAGUAAUACAAUAUUCAGUCGUUGUUUUUUACAACACACCUGAACUUAACAGUUUUUAGGUGACGAAAACGAUGGAGAAUAAUACAAUUUCAUCGUAGAAAGAUGGAAAUGGAUACUGUAGUUGCCAUAUUGUGUGCUAAUAAUGCAGUGCAUUUGCGUGCUCAUAAUACUACAUACAAUUUGCAAGAUGUUAUUGUUAUCACUUAUGUUUCUUUUUUCAUUCCUUUGAUGGUGUUACUGUGAAGUUAAAGUAAAGAAAAAAAACUAAUUACCGAGGAAAAGGUCCAAAUUUGAAUAUAUUAUAAAAUCAGAUAUUGCACAAUACACAGUGAAAUGUUACUUUAAUGCCUUGGUAGUUGUAACAGGGUGCUAUAAAUACAAAACUGAUUAACUGAUUGUAUAGCUGAUUUAUAAGAUUGAUUGUAUUUACCAUUUUGUUCAAUCACUUGUACAAAUUAAUUGCAUUGUGUUUAAUAUGGUAAAUUGAGAUGUUUAUUUACAUGAAGUUUUGAAUGAAACAAAUUUUUUAUUUGGAUUUAUAAAGAAGAAAUUUAUCAUUCACAAAGCUGUGUGUUGAGGGUCCCAAGAAGAAAACAGAAGGGGUUAAAAUUAUUCAGUAUGCUCUUACCUCCCACUAGAAACAUUGUCAACUUGGCUUCAUCUACAUCCAUGUAGAUCUGUGGUUUGCUGAAUGGUUUUUGUAUGAGUGAAAAUAUGCCAUUAAAUAAAACACAAAGGCCCGAAUUCACAAAGGUGGUUUUAAAAACCCACGGUUGAAUCCGUGGUUUAUGCAGAUUUCCUGUAUAAAUUACGCUUAAUUGAGCGUGUAUCGGGCGCAUGUAUAGACAAUGUCCAACGCUGAUGCGCGCUUCACAAGUCCACUGUUUGAAGAGUGGACUCAUUAUUAAAAACAGUGGACUCAUGAAUAAAAUAGCAUGGAUAACCAGGGCAACAGGUGUCAAUGUCAAUUUGGCGCACUGACAAAAGCAUCAGCAUUGGACAUUGUUCAUACACGCGCCUGACACACGCUCGAUUAAGCGUAAUUUAUACAGGAUAUCUGCGUAAACCAUGGACUCAACCGUGGGUUUUAAAACCAUCUUUGUGAAUUCGAGCCAAAGGUUUCUAUGUGAAGAAGAAUUUUUAAUCUAAGCAUGUUUUUCACCCCCACGUACAUGUAAGAAUGGGAUUCGUUACCUGAACCAAUUAAGUUAAAUUUCAAUUUACUCAAAGCUCUAAUCAUAUACAGUCAGAAGAAAUGUUAUCCAUGCAAAUUUACAAGUAAUUUUAAUGUUACAAUCAAUGUUCAGUUUUCUUCAUGUCUUGAUUCCAAAUCUCAUGUAUGCUUUAUAUCUAAAUUGUAUAUCUUUAUAAUGGUUGUGAUUGUGUGACCUUUUUAAAUAACAACUGUAAAGGAGAAAAGUAUUUCAUUAAUAAAAUGAAGAAAAAUCA